AUGGAGAAGACCGGGGACAAUAAAAAGGACGAAACGACGGGCCAGAAAAAGGAGAUACCGUCUAACUUGCGGAAAGUGUGUUUAAUUUGUGGCGAUAGAGCGUUAGGUUACAACUUUAAUGCCAUAUCCUGCGAGAGUUGUAAAGCAUUUUUCCGUCGUAAUGCCCUUACUAACAAAGAAUUCAAGUGCCCCUUCUCGGACAACUGCGAGAUAACAGUGGUUACGCGACGAUUUUGUCAGAAAUGUAGACUCGAAAAAUGUUUUGCAGUGGGGAUGGUGAAGGAAUUUAUAAUGUCAGAUGAGGACAAAGCUGAAAAAAGACGGAAAAUAGAAGAAAACAGAGCUAAGAAACGUCAGAUAGUAGAAGGUGAUGAAUCAGUAACAAGCUCUAAAAUAAGAAAGGAAGAUGUACCUCCAGCUAUUGAACCUACAAUACAACAUAAUGUUCUUAAUAGCACUACUUGUAGUCCAAAUAGCACAGUGCAAUCUCCCUUGAGCACGGAUAUGGAAAACUCAUUGAGUUCCCCACCUUUCUAUGGCUAUAAUUCACAACCAAGCUGUGAUACUCAGUAUGUAAAAUUCCGACCAAUAAAUGAAAAAUUUAUUAUUAGUCGAGAUUUGCAAGAAGCAAAGCUAGCUUAUAUGAACAAUCAAGUAGAUAGCAUGUAUUGUGAAACUACAAAACAAGACAGUAUAAAGUCAUUAUUAACCAAUGGAGAUAAUAUCUCACAUGCAAUUAUAUCAAAUGAAGUGAAUCAUGAAGAAACACCGUCCACAAGUGAUGCUGAUGUCAAUAAAGCUAAAGAAAUAUUACAGGAUGUUGAAAGAAUUGAGCCUAAUUCUAUGGAGUCAAUAUUGUGUGAAGCAAUAAAAUUGGAAUUUGAAGCUUACACAUCACUUACAAAUGUAAACAGUUCAUCUAGGGAACUAAAUGAGGUAGAAAGAGCAAAGCUGAAUGAGCUAAUUGUAGCAAACAAAGCCCUCAACGCGCCCAUUGAUGACGACGUCUCAGAACUUAUUGGAGAUACUUCAGGAUUUAAGGCAUUCAGCAAUAAACACGAUCCGCGUCUAGUGACAAUUGUUAACUUGACCGCGGUCGCAAUUAGACGGCUGAUCAAGAUGGCGAAGAAGAUAAAUGCUUUUAAGAACAUGUGCGAAGAAGAUCAGGUGGCGUUACUUAAAGGCGGUUGUAUAGAGAUGAUGGUUUUGCGCAGUGCCAUGACGUAUGACGGACAAGGAGACCAGUGGAAGCUGCCACAUAGCCAGUCGUGUUUUAGCAGUAUCCGUACAGAUGUAUUAAAACUUGCGAAAGGCGACAUCUAUCGGUCGCAUGAGGCAUUUAUCAGGUCCUUCAGGCCGGAAUGGCGGACAGACGAGCACAUCAUACUGAUUAUGUCUGCAUUACUUUUAUUUACACCAGACAGGGCAAAGGUUGUGCAUAGAGAUGUUAUCAAAUUGGAACAGAACUCUUACUACUACCUCCUCCGGCGUUACUUGGAAAGCGUAUACCCUGGAUGCGAAGCGAAAUCGACCUUUUUAAAACUCAUUCAAAAGACUAUUGAACUGAGACGAUUUGCGGCAGAAGUAACUGAGGUCUAUUUAGACGUGAACCCCAUUGAGCCAUUGCUUAUGGAAAUAUUCGAUCUCAAACAGCAUCCCGCUUAG